AUGGCAGAAUUCAAACAACUUAAACGAGUUUUGAUUGCCAAUAGAGGUGAAAUUGCCUGUAGACUUAUCAAAGCAUGUAAAGAAAAUAAUAUCUACACAAUUUCAAUCUUUACUAAAGAUGAUAGUAAUUCCCUUCAUAUCAAUAAUGCUGAUGAAAGUCAUUUGAUCUCCAGUUACAUCAAUACUGAAGAAAUCAUCGAAAUCGCUGUUAAAUUUAAAGCUCAAGCAGUUAUUCCAGGUUAUGGAUUUGUUUCAGAAAAUCAUUUAUUCGCUCAAGAACUUAAAAAUCACAACAUUUCAUUCAUCGGACCAUCACCAGAGAAUAUCCAAGAAUUCGGUUUAAAACAUAUCGCUAGACAAUUAGCUAUCGAUGCAGAAGUGCCAACCGUUCCUGGUUCUGGAUUAAUUGAAAAAGUUGAGGAAGGUAUAGAAGAAGCGGAAAAAAUUGGAUUCCCUGUAUUAUUGAAAGCUUCCAGUGGAGGUGGUGGUAUGGGUAUGAAAGUUUGUUACAGUAAAGAAGAAAUUGAAGCAGGUUUAAAAGAAGUUAAAAGUAGAGGUGCAAAUUUAUUCAAGAACGAUGCGACAUUUUUGGAGAAAUACGUUGAAAGUGGUAGACACAUUGAAAUUCAAGUUUUCGGUAAUGGUAAAGGUGAUGUUAUUACCUUAGGUGAAAGAGAAUGUUCAAUUCAAAGAAGACAUCAAAAAGUGGUUGAAGAAGCACCUUCACCAUUUGUUACCAAGACUUUACCUUCAUUAAGAAACAAAUUAGCAGCUUGUGCCAAAAGAUUGGCAUCUUCUGUUAAAUAUAAAUCUGCUGGUACUAUUGAAUUCUUGGUGGAUGAUAAAACUGGUGAUGCAUACUUCUUAGAAAUGAAUACCCGUUUACAAGUAGAACACGGAAUAACUGAAUUAUGCUAUGACGCAGAUUUGGUUAUGUUAAUGUUAUUACAAUGUGAUUACGAAUUAAGAGGUGAACAAGGUAUUCCAGUAGAAAUGAUGAAUGAUUUGGUUAAAGCAAAAAGAGAUGAUGAAGGUUUCACUCAACCAAAUGGUCAUUCCAUUGAAGUAAGAAUUUAUGCUGAAAACCCAAUCAACAAUUUCGUACCCUCACCUGGUGUAUUACAAUAUGUUGAAUUCCCUCAAGCUAAAUCUGAAUAUAAGGUAAGAUUCGAUCAUUGGAUUAAAACUGGUACUGAAAUCACUCCAUUUUUCGAUCCUUUACUUGGUAAAUUGAUGAUUUGGGCUCCAACAAGACAAGAAGCUAUUACUGGAAUGUUGGAAUUAUUAACUGAAAUCAAACUUUAUGGACCACCUAAUAAUGUGGAAUAUUUAUAUGAAAUUUUGAACAGUGAAAUGUUCAAAACUGGUAACACAUUGACAAGUACCUUAGAUACCUUCCAAUUCAAACCAAGUUUAUUGGAAUUCCAUUCGGGUGGUGCUUUAACCACCGUUCAAGACUUCCCUGGUAGAUUGGUUUAUAAUGGUGGGAUCCCAAGAUCUGGUCCCGUUGAUGAUUUAUCCUUCAGAAUCGGUAACGCUUUGGUUGGCAAUGAAGAUUUAGGAACUGAAGGUUUAGAAAUCAUUCUCAGUGGUCCUUCUUUAUAUUUCCAUAAACCUGCUACCAUUGCUUUAUGUGGGGCUGAAUUUGAAUUUUCCAUCAAUGACGAACCAAGUCCAAUGUGGUCUUCAAUCUCAAUUCCUGCUGACACUACAGUUGAAAUUGGAUCUGUUAUCAGUAGUAAAAGUGAUAAAUGUUAUUUGUUAGUUAAGGGAGGAUUACCCAACAUUGCCAAAUAUUUGGGUUCUAAAAGUACCAGUCCUUCCAUUAAUAUUGGGGGUUAUCAAGGAAGAAAAUUUUUACCUGGUGACUGCAUUCAAUUACCUAAUCAUCAACCUAUUGAUGUUUUGAAGGUAAAUUAUACUUUACCAAAAGAAUACUUACCUAAUUUUGAUAACGAUUGGACAAUUCGUUGUCUUAACGGUCCUCAUUCAUCCAGUGAGAUAUUAUCAGAGGAAGGAAGAGAUAUCCUUUACAAUAGUGAAUACAAAAUCAACCCAGCAACUUCUAGAGGGUCUGUUGCUUUAGAUGGUCCAAGAUGUAAGUUUUCAAGAAAAGAUGGUGGUGAUGGUGGUAACCAUCCCAGUAACAUUACUGAAUAUAUCUAUCCUAACAGAGGUUUGAGUGUUAUUGCUGAUAAUACUGUUGUUGCCAGUGCAGAUGGGAUCACUUUGAGUGGUUUCAUCUGUCCAAUUGUCCCAAUUGACUACGAUUGGUGGAAAUUAGGUCAAGCUAAAGCUGGAAGUAAAAUAAAAUUCCAAAACAUUACUUUUAAAGAUGCUAUGAAAUUCAGAAAGGAAAGAAGCAGCUACUUGGAAUUCAUCAAAACACUCCCCAAAGCUGAAGCUGAAGGAAAAUAUGUUGAUGAAUUCGAUUUUGAAAAAGUAUGCGAGGAAGACGUUAUUUUGUAUUCCAGAGAAGAUAAACCAGGUCAACCAUCCAUCAACAUCAGACAAGCUGGUGAGUCAUGUAUCAUUGUUGACCACGGGAUCAGUAAAUUCUCGUUACCAAAUUGUGGUAGAUUAUUCAAAUUGAAAUUGGAUAUCGGUAAUGCUGGUUUGAAAGGUAUCAACAGAAUGGAAACUGCUAAUGCUUUGAGUAUCUUCUUCGAUGCAGAUGUCUUAGAUAGAGACGAAUUAGUGCAAACCAUCAUGAAAAUCGAUGCAUCCAUUUCAUUUGAAAAGAAGCUUGAAAUUCCUUCAAGAAAAUUCAAAAUCCCCGUUUGUUUGACCCAUCCAUUGAUCAAAGAAACUAUUGAAAGGUAUAUGAAAACCCAAAGACCCUAUGCUGCUUAUUUACCUGAUAACUUGGACUAUAUCAUGAAAUCAAGUUGUAUUGAUACUUUGGAAGAAUUUAAAGAGAGAGCUUUCAAUAACCCUCAAAUCAUUGUUGCAGUUUCUUUCUUAUGUGCUUCCAACAUUUUGGUUCAUGCUGAUCCAAGAAAGAGUUUCUUAUCCGGUAAAUAUAAUCCACCUCGUAUUACUGGACCUGCUGGUUCAAUUACCACUGGAAGUGUUGUCCAAGGUAUGAGAGCUGUUGAUGGACCAGGUGGUUAUAUGUUAUGGGGGGUUGGUUUACGUCACGCUUAUUGGGAUACUUUUGCCAUGAGAGAGAAUUUCCAAGAAAAAGGCUUACCGUGGUUCUUAGAACCCUUUGAUCAAGUUGAAUUUUAUGAGGUAGAUGAAAAAGAAUUAGACGAAUUCAAUGAAUUGAAUAAGAUCGGUAAAUUGGCUUUAGAACCUGAACAUCUCACAUUUGAUGUGGCCGAAUACCAUAAAUUCUUUGAAUCUGUAGUUGAUGAAGUUGAAGUCAUGAGAGAGAAGCAAAGAGCCUCUGCAGCCAAGUUAUUAGAAUAUGAUAACGAAUUAAAGAAAAAAUGGGAAGCUGAAGUUGCUGAAGAAAAGAAGAAAAAUGGAGGAAACAGUAGUACCACUAAAGUCGCAGCUGUUGAAGGUAAACAAAUUAAGUCAUCCAUGACAGCUAGUGUUUUCAAAGUAAAUGUCAAGGUCGGUGAUGUAGUUAAAGGUGGAGAUACAGUUAUCGUAUUAGAAGCCAUGAAAACGGAAAUCCCAGUUCAUAUCCCAGGAUCCAAAACAAAGGAAUACAAAGUCAUACAAAUUUUAACAGAAGAAAAAGCUUUGGUAUCUCCUGAUGAAACCCUUUUAGUAUUAAGUAUAUAG